AUGCCCAGCCCUAUCGAGGAUCUAGAACUAGCCUGCCCAAGUGGCGGAAAGUUUUACAUUUGUGACAAAGCCAAGUUCCAGUUCCUGGGCUGCUGUACCAGCGAUCCAUGCACUGAUGGAUCGGGCAACUGUCCUCAGGGCAACCUACGCACCUCGACGUUCCGCAAAGACAAAAACACUUACGACCGGAUACAGCCGCAGCUGUGUGCAGCUCCGUACAGCGGAGCUACAUACUGGUUCACCUGCCUGAACGAAGGCCUAAGCGUCCAGCCGUUUCUCGGAUGCUGCAAGACGCCGCCAUGCUCAUCCGGCGGAUGCCCUCAGGACUCCUUGGUCGCCGCGAGGUUACAUGACGAUAGCUAUAAGAAGGCGAUGUUCCUGUCGCCGACUGCCACUUCCGGCUCCGCGAAACCAUCGAGUACCACAUCAUCGACAACGUCUGCAGGGUCGACGACGACGGCGGCGGCCUCGGCACCUGCAGUGACUCCCGGUCAGGAAAGUACAGCAGACCAUGGUCAACUACCGACAGGGGCGAUCAUCGGAAUCAGUGUCGGCGUGGCAGCAGUCGUCCUCGUGGCCGUGGGCUUCCUGCUCUACAAGUGCGGUUGGCGGCAGAGCGGAAGAAGGGAGGAGGAGAGACAUGUGAUGCCGAUGCCUUCGGCGGCAGGGUCCGAGCCUUAUCAGCCAUACCAGGGCAAGAUCGAGAGCCCCUACAAAGGUGACCUUGACCGGCUUUCGGCUUCUCUCGCGGGAUACCUGCUAACAUAUCUGCCAGACUCUUUUGCUAGCAGUCCCACUGCCGUGAACUUCAGCCAAUCCCCUUACUCCGACCAGCGGGAGUUGACACCGCACCGGCCCCCGUCCAGCAUGGCCGGCUCUCCAGGUAUGUCCUGGGUGGGCACGGACAGCGGCCGGGUGUCGUGUGCUUCCAGCGCAGCAACACACGGCUGGGCCGGGGGCGGUGGCCCACAAAGCUGGCAUCUUUCGGGCGUGCCCGAGACGGCAGCGGCCCGGUAUUCAUAUGACCCGGCCGAGCUCCCAGCCACCCGGCCUACCGAGCCGGCGGUGGAGCUGCCGACCUCGGAGACGGGUAUGUCGUAUCAUAGCAGGGGACCGAACCGUUGA